UCCCAACCCGGUUAUGGGGAAACUGGGAGUUGAGGAAGGAGAAAAUGAAAUAAAGCAGCGGAAACAGGAAGGAGUGAGACAUAAAAAAGAAAGAAACGAGCAUUAAGUCUGGCUGAGGCUGGCGUUGAGUUGAGACUAUUAAAGCUCCGGGUCAGGGCUGAGUGAGCGAACGAGAGACAGGCUCCGGGCUCGUCGUUUCCAAGGUGACGGGGGCCGAGUCUGGGGUGGAGUGAAGUGAGAAAAUGUCGCUGUUCGGGAAGAGGAAGACGGCCGAAGAUGUAAUCAAGGAACAGAAUCGAGAAUUGAGGGGUACUCAAAGAUCGAUAGCCAGAGAUAGAGCGGGUUUAGAGAAGCAAGAAAAACAGCUGGAAAUGGAAAUUAAGAAAAUGGCCAAGUCUGGCAAUAGAGAUGCCUGUAAGAUUCUUGCAAAGCAACUUGUGCAGCUGCGGAAGCAGAAGACCCGUACGUAUGCUGUGAGCUCGAAGGUUACUUCCAUGUCCACUCAGACUAAAUUAAUGAACUCCCAGAUGAAGAUGGCGGGGGCAAUGGCUACUACAACAAAGACAAUGCAAACUGUGAACAAGACAAUGGAUCCACAGAAAACCUUACAAGCUAUGCAAAAUUUCCAGAAAGAAAACAUGAAAAUGGAAAUGACAGAAGAAAUGAUGAAUGAUACAUUAGAUGACAUUUUUGAUGAGUCGGCGGAUGAAGAAGAAAGCCAAGACAUUGUGAACCAGGUGUUGGAUGAAAUAGGAAUUGAGAUUUCUGGAAAGAUGGCUAACGCUCCAGCAACGGCCAAAGGACUACCUGCAGCAUCAACAUCUAAAGCUGGUAUUACAGAUGAUGAAAUUGAACGACAGCUGAAAGCAUUGGGAGUGGACUAAUUUAUCUAAUUGUUAAAUAAGAGAGAAGGAUUUUUUCUUGUUCACUGGGGCAUGCCUUUUACCUUAACUAAUAUGGAUUCACUUUAAAGUGGAUUAUUGGGAGCAUUGUGGAUAUCUUUGUGUAACUUUAACAAAAAUGCUAAUUUCUAAGCCUAUAAAUCUAAAAACAUACUGCCUCUUUAAUAACAUAUUGCUGCUUUUUCAAAAAAAAUCUCAAGGAUUUUGCAUGGAAGUAAAGUAUGUGUGAUUAGUUCUGUUGAUACAGCUGAGUGUAUAUACAAACUGAAGUGUACUUUUUUGGCCAUUUCUCAGAAAUCAAGCCAUUUAUUGUAAUUUCCUAAUAAGAUGGAAAUGAAAGAAGCAAAUGUUGACAUACAAUAAUGUUUUAACAAAUACUCUAGUGUAAUCUAAAUUUAUAUCUCAAUGGGCAAUGAUGUAGGUGAUAGUUGAGUAUUUGCAGUGAUUUCAUAUAAACUGAAACAAUUGAAAUUUA